AUGGACGACAUGGAGACUGAUGCAGCUUGCGCGAUGUUAAUUGUCUGCGCUUUAAGAAUGAAAAGGAAAAAAAUACGCAAGGUUUGGUGUAAAGAAUGGCUUCAGAAAAGAGAAGACACGAGCUUACAUACUGGGCUUGUUAGCAAACUCAGGUUGGCUGACAGAGAAGAUUAUCGGCGCUUCAUGAGAAUGAAUACCACAACAUUUGAGGAACUGCUGUUUAAAGUUCGUCCGUACAAUGAAGGACAGACAACUCACAUGAGACAACCAAUCAGCGCUGAAGAGAAACUGGCAGUGACGUUAAGAUUUCUGGCAACAGGUGAAACAUAUCAGAGUUUGAAGUACCAGUUCAGGAUUCAUAACAGCACCAUAAGUUUAUUUGUGCCUAAAGUGUGCCAGGUCAUCUAUGACGUUCUGAAAGAUGACUAUUUUUCAGUACCAUCAUCAGAACAAGAAUGGAUAAAUCUUGCCGAUGCUACCGAGAAGAGAUGGCAAUUUCCGAAUGCUUUUGCAGCAGCAGACGGGAAGCACAUAGCAGUUUACCAUCCAGAUAAUUCAGGAGGGACCUUUUAUAAUUACAAAGGAUUCUACAGCAUAGUUUUACUAGCUUUUGUGGACUAUGACUAUAAGUUCAUAUAUGCAGAUGUCGGUUGCCAAGGUAGGAUAAGUGAUGGUGGUGUGUACCGAAACUCUUCGUUUUCCGAGAAACUUUCUGCAAUUGAACUCAAUUUACCACCCGCCAGGCCUUUACCAAGAUCCAGAAAUCCUGCCUGGACGCCUUACGAAAACGAAGAGGACAUUCCGUUUGUUUUUGUUGCAGACAGUGCAUUCUCGUUGUCAAAACACUGCAUGAAACCGUAUGCUGAAAAGGGGUGUGACGAUAAGAGGCGAAUCUUCAACUACAGACUACGUGAUUGAUGGGUGAUGGAGGGAGGGUAACACUGUUUCUUUUCUGGAACCUUUACCCGCUAGACUAAAGGGUAAUAAGCCUAAAGUUUCAGCCGAAAAAAUUAGGGAAAUAUUCGCAGAACAUUUUUAUGGUCCCGGCGAGGAACAGAUAGGAAAAAUGUCUGCCGCUGGUCAGAGCGUCGUGGGCUUAUGCGCACAUUUGCGGGCUCUUCAAUAUCUGACA